CUAAAUUUAAUUUUACUAAAUUUACGUUAUAACUAAAUAUACUUUUUUCGUAAUUUACGAUCAGAAUGCAUGCUCAGACACUUGUUUCUUACUUCUUCGUUUCAGAUUCCGCUCAAAUUCUUCUAUCCGAAGACACAGCACUACCCAAUGGCGGUCAAAUACAUCGAAAUCUGGAUUGCGUUUCGCCAUUUUCAAAUCCCCGGAGCUAUUCACUCGCCCGAUUGGUCUCCCGGUUUUCGCAAUUGAGAAGAUUUUCUAGCUCUUCAAAUGGAUCUCCUCCACGGGACGACUCCAUUCCGGCUGUUUCAUUAGAUAGCUCUAACCCUCCUAUUGAUGCAGGUUCUUCCAUUCGAAAGCCUGCAGUUUUCUGGCCUGGAAUACACCAUUCACCUGUGACAAAAGCCUUAUGGGAGGCAAGAUCAAGUAUUGUUGACGUGCUUUCGCAGGCCACCUCUGAUUCCCCUCCCAAAGGUAAAGUCACCAAGAGUCCUAGAAUGAGCAGGACAAGUGUGUUCUACAAAUUCUCCACUGAUUAUGCUCUGAGAGAACAAUAUAGAAACCCUUGGAAUAUGAUAAGGAUGGGAAGGCUAGUUGAAGACCUUGAUGCUUUGGCUGGAACAAUAUCUUACAAGCACUGCUCGGAUGUGGAUAGCACUACUAUGCCAUUAUUGCUUGUUACUGCCUCUGUUGACAAGAUGGUUUUGAAGAAACCUAUUCGUAUUGAUUUAGAUUUGGAAAUUGAGGGGGCUGUUACUUGGGUUGGGAGGUCAUCCAUGGAGAUACAAUUGAAAGUGACCCAAACUUCACCAGACACUUCAAACCCUUUGGCUCUAACUGCAAACUUCACGUUUGUGGCCCGUGACUCCGAUACUGGAAGAUCAGCUCUAGUCAACCAGAUUUCACCUGAAACAGAAGAUGAAAUAUUGCUCUGGAAUGAAGCUGAAGAAAGAAACAAGAUGAGGAAGAGGACGAGAGAGGAACCGACAAGGAGGGUUGAUAUUGAAGAAGUAAACAGGCUUAAUGAAUUGUUGGCUGAGGGCAGAGUCUUUUGUGACAUGCCUGCCUU